UGGACGAAGGUCGGGGACCUUCACCCGGGCCCGAGGCCGAGGCUCCCUCCACCAAGCCCGCAGAGGUGAAAAUCCGCAGGGCAAGUUUUCCCCCGGACCUGCAGGACUGAUUGAUCAUUUUCGAGAAGAAAGGGAGGGGGAAAAAAUGUACUUUUAGUCGUCGUCCGUGCCGGGAGUCCCCCACUCGCCCCUGGUUCCCCGAGUGGCCGAGUCGUCCUGCCAGCAGAUGGUACGCGAACAAUAUACUACAACGACACAAGGCACUAACCUAGAGAGGCCAGAGAACCAGUAUGUCUACAAAAUUGGCAUUUAUGGCUGGAGAAAGCGUUGCCUCUACCUAUUUGUCCUCCUUCUACUUAUCAUCCUAGUUGUGAAUUUUGCUCUGACAAUUUGGAUUCUUAAAGUGAUGUGGUUUUCUCCAACUGGAAUGGGACAUUUACGUGUCACAAAGGAUGGACUUCGUCUAGAAGGGGAGUCAGAAUUUUUAUUUCCAUUGUAUGCCAAAGAAAUUCACUCUAGAGUGGACUCAUCUCUGCUUCUUCAGUCGACACAAAAUGUGACUGUAAAUGCUCGCAACUCUGAAGGGGAGGUCACAGGCAGAUUAAAAGUGGGUCCCAGAAUGGUAGAAGUUCACAGCCAGCAAUUUCAGAUCAACUCCCAAGACGGCAAGCCGCUGUUCGCCGUCGAUGAGAAGGAGGUGGUGGUCGGUACCGACAGACUUCGCGUCACAGGACCCGAAGGAGCUCUCUUUGAGCAUUCUGUGGAGACGCCCCUUGUCAGAGCGGAGGCAUUUAAAGAGCUUAGGCUGGAGUCCCCCACCCGCAGUCUGAGCAUGGACGCCCCCAGGGGUGUCCACGUCAGAGCCCAAGCUGGAAACGUGGAGCUCCUCUCCCAGAUGGAUAUCAAGUUACACAGCAGUGACGGCUCGGUGGUGCUGGAUGCGGAAACCGUGUGUCUGCCAAAGCUGGUCCAGGGGACGACGGGUGGACCUGGAAGUCCGCAGAGACUCUAUGAGAUCUGUGCCUGUCCCGACGGAAGGCUUUACCUGUCCGCCGCCGGGGUGGGUUCCACUUGCCAGGAGUACAGUCGGGUCUGCCAGUGAGGCAUCUCCCGGCAGGGCUGCCCCUCCUUCCCUCUCUCUCUUCACGCAGUGAGUUUCACUCGCCCUAGACCAUCGGUUAUCUCGCAACAAAACAGACAUUUGCACCUCGCCUCUCCCCUCUAAAAGUAAAGGCCACAGUCAAGCGACUUGAAAGAUCUGAGUGGAGCCCGGCGUUCCGAAAGAGUCGAGGGGAAGAGGGCCACUUCAGGUUUCAAGAAAACCAAAAGAAUUUUGUUUCCUUUGCCGUGCUGUUUCAUUCUCGUUACACUGAAGAGGAAGAACUAAUUGAAAAAAACUUCUCCCUCUGCCAGCUCUCUCCAUAUACGGAAGCACUUGCGCCUAAGGCUCUGGCUUGGGAAAUUCACUUCUUCUGGGGUGGUUGGAAAGAGGUGACCCAAGCAAUCACCUGGGAAGCUGAAGGGUCUUUUUGAGAGGAGUGGAGAUCUGAGUUCAAAUGCUGACUCCGCCACGGGCCUGCUGGGUGACCUACGGCAAGUGACUUACCUUCUCUGUGCCUCAGCUUUCUCAUCUGUAAAAUGGAAAUUAAAAGGGUAUUUUUCAUGCCCCGCCCCCCAUAGAUUGUGAGCUCCGUGUGGGACAGGGACUAAAUCCAAUCUGAUUACAUCGUCCACCCCAGUGCCUGACACACAGUAAGUGCUUCGAGUCCACAUAGUUUCAGUCCAUCAGUGAUAUUCAUCGAAUGCUUACUGUGUGCAGAGCACUGCGCUAAAUGUUUGAGAGAACAGAGGAGGAAGAAACAAAUUAUUUUUUGAGUUCUCUGUAAAAAGGAAGAGGACCGUAUGCACCCUGAGAGGUUGAGAGGGAGAGACAAGUUUAAAUUACUGUCCUCGUGGGCCCUCCACACACUGCGGUCGUACGAGUCAAACCCGAAAUGGCUCACUGGUUUUUGAAGGAGAGAAUGGGAUCCGCCACAUCUCUAACUGUAUUGUACUCUACCACUAAAGAUGCUGAUUUUUAACCAGUAAAGAUAAUUGGGCUUAUCUUCAAAUUACUGUUUAUAUAUCAUCAGGCAGGAAUUCAUAAUCACCUAUAUUGUCCCCAUUCCCUAGCAAACCCUACCCAACUUUCUAACUACCUUUUGUAAGGGGGGAGUUAAUGGCAGAACGUCAGUUAAAGCCACUCCCCUCUGCCACCCACAGUUUCUGACAAGACAGAAGCAAACCUUUUGCUGGCUACUUUGUUGUCCUCCUGGGCUGUCUCCCAGUGAAGGCAGGCAGCGGCUGGGCUUCCUCUUGCCACUUGGCCCCGUCACUGUCUGGGAGAACCAGGCUUAGAGAUGCUAGGGCCCCCUCUCCUGCCCUGGGGCCAGGGAAGCAGAAAGGUUAAGCCUGGCCCUGCAGCCACCGACAAGGGAGGGACAUGAAAACAAGGCGGUUCGGUGACCAGCAAUCCAAAAACCCCUCUGGCUCCCCGCCAGAGGAGCCGCUAACAUCUACCGCGCAGAGUACCUUUUCACACACUUGCCCCUCUACCUAUGUAAAUUACUAUUCAGGCAAACCAAAUGUACUAGGAUAAAGUAAGUCAGAAAUAAAUGUGAACUGAGGAGGUUUCAACAGUUGAAACCAUCUGUUUCGGUCUGUAUUUCUUCCUUUGUACUUCGACUUUAAUAAUCAAAUAACUGAAAAUGCUGCAUCUCAUUCACUUUAAAUAAAAGGGUUUUUUUUACAGACGUA